GAGAAUAUAGUACCUAAAGAGGUAAACGAUCACAAAUUAGGGCACAGAAAUCAUCUCAUCAUCUCUCUUCGUUCACGGAAAUCGAAUCGUUUGGACCUCUUCACUAGUCACUCAUCACUCAUCAGCUCAAUGACGACGCCUGCAGCGAAUGCGACGACGACUACGACGACGACCCAGACCGACGACCAUCAUGCGAAGACCCUAGACCCUCCUGCCACAACAACCGAAGAUGUAUCCACCGAGAAAUCACCAGCUUCCUCCACCGACAGGAAAGACGGUGAUUCCGGUGACACAAAGUUGAAAACUACAGAUCCGGCCACCGUCACGGCGGACAACAGCAGCGACGAUGGUGCUUCUGUUACCGAUACUCAGAGGAAGAUUCGCCGUGCGGAGCGUUUUGGUAUGCCAGUUCAGCUAUCUGAAGAAGAAAAACGGAAUUCUCGUGCGGAGAGGUUUGGUACUACACCUGGCACACAAGGUUCAGGAGCCACAAAGAAAGCUGAGGAGCUGAAAAGGAAGGCUAGAGCAGAGAGAUUUGGGAUCACCCAAGCACCCGAAGAAGAUGAGAAAAAGAAGGCUAGACUUUCUAGGUUUGGUUCAGCUUCAAGUGCUGAUCCUCUUGAAGAACAGAAAAAGAAAGCAAGGGCACUCAGGUUCUCGGGGACACAGAAGGCAACUGUUGCUGGCAAGGCUGUAGUAGUUCCUCUUCCUGUGGUAUUGUUGUAG